AGUGCCAAACAGGGAGGAGGAGGCAAGGGCAGUAAAAAAGCGAAGCAGGGGAUAUUCGCGAUUGUAGCUCUCAUAGUCCUCUCUCUCUCUCUCUCUCUCUCUCUCUCUCUCUCUCACAGGUUGGUUCACAAUGACAGACCCUUCUAAGGUCAUUCACGUUCGCAAUGUGGGCCAUGAGAUAUCUGAAAAUGAUUUGCUUCAGCUAUUCCAGCCAUUUGGAGUCAUUACUAAGCUUGUGAUGCUUCGUGCAAAAAAUCAGGCUCUGAUCCAAAUGCAAGAUAUUCCUACCGCAGUCAAUGCUCUGCAAUUCUAUGCAAAUGUUCAGCCAAGCAUAAGGGGGAGGAAUGUUUAUGUCCAAUUCUCAUCACAUCAGGAACUAACAACAAUGGAUCAAAAUACUCAAGGAAGAGGAGAUGAGCCAAAUCGAAUUCUCCUAGUUACUAUUCAUCACAUGCUAUAUCCAAUAACGGUGGACGUGCUGCAUCAAGUGUUUUCUCCUCAUGGAUUUGUAGAGAAGAUCGUAACUUUUCAAAAGUCAGCUGGUUUUCAAGCACUUAUUCAGUAUCAAUCACGCCAGAAUGCUGUUGUUGCUAGAACUGCACUUCAGGGACGUAAUAUUUAUGACGGUUGCUGUCAACUGGACAUUCAGUUCUCAAACCUUGACGAGUUGCAAGUAAACUACAAUAAUGAGCGUUCUAGGGAUUUCACGAACCCAAAUCUGCCCACAGAACAGAAAGGCAGAUCUUCACAACCAGGGUAUGGCGAGGCAGGGGGCACGUAUGGCCUUCAAGCUACUGGACGGGGAGUUGCAUUUCCACAGAUGGCCAAUGCAGAAGCAAUUGCAGCUGCCUUUGGAGGAGGUCUGCCUCCUGGAAUAAGUGGGACAAAUGACAGGUGUACAGUCCUUGUCUCCAAUCUAAAUCCUGAUAGAAUAGAUGAGGAUAAGCUCUUCAACCUUUUCUCCAUAUACGGAAACAUUGUGAGAAUUAAACUUCUCCGCAACAAACCAGAUCAUGCGCUUAUUCAGAUGGGGGAUGGUUUCCAGGCCGAACUGGCAGUACACUUUUUGAAGGGAGCACUGAUAUUUGGGAAGCAGUUAGAGGUCAACUUCUCAAAGCAUCCAAACAUAACCCAAGGUGCUGAGACACACGAGUACAUAAACUCAAAUCUCAACCGCUUCAACCGUAAUGCUGCUAAGAAUUACCGCUACUGCUGCUCCCCUACAAAAAUGAUCCACCUGUCAACACUUCCCCUGGAAAUCACUGAAGAGGAGAUUGUGAGCCACUUGGAAGAACAUGGCACCAUUCUCAACACUAAGCUUUUUGAGAUGAAUGGGAAGAAGCAGGCCCUAGUUAUGUUUGAAACUGAGGAGCAGGCUACUGAAGCCCUAGUGUGCAAGCAUGCUACUUCGCUUGCUGGAUCAAUAAUCCGGAUUUCUUUUUCCCAGUUACAGUCUAUUUAAGUGGCGUUAUUGUAGAAGGAUAACCAGGGUAAGCAUCCCUAAGGAUACUAGGUGUAAGGAUUAAAAUUGGGAGGGAUAUUUUUAUGCAGCUGAUGGUCUUCUACACUCUUUUCUGACAAUGUGCUUUUGAUUGCUUUUUUUACUGGUGGGAUCUUCUGUUUCGAUUUCUCUAACUCUUAUCUUUCUUAUCUCAA